CGCUAUAAAUUCCCCGGCUCCGCGCUCCCGCUGGCUGCCUGCUCUGCUCCAGAGUGCGCCGCGCCGCAACCAUGGCUCCCUGGCCUGAGGUGGAAAAUGCCCAGCCUAACUCUGAGGAGUGCACCAUGAAAGACAAGGAGACCCACAAAGAUGAUGCCGGCACGCCUGGCACCAAGAUUGAACUCCAGCCGUCCCAUUCCGCCAUGGCUCUGGUGGAGGAGCCCCCAAAGGUGGAGGACCCCUGGGACCUGCCCGAGCUUAAGAACACAGGGAUCAAGUGGUCAGAGAGAGACACCAAGGGGAAGAUUUUCUGUGUCUUCCAAGGGAUUGGGAAGUUCAUCUUGAUUCUGGUAUUUCUCUACUUUUUCGUGUGCUCCUUGGAUGUGCUCAGCAGCGCCUUCCACCUGGUUGGAGGAAAGGUGGCCGGAAAAUUCUUCACCAGCAACUCUAUUAUGUCCAACCCCAUGUCCGGGAUGGUGAUCGGGGUGUUGGUGACAGUCCUGAUUCAGAGUUCCAGCACCUCCACGUCCAUCGUCGUCAGCAUGGUGGCCUCUUCUCUGCUGACCGUGCGCUCUGCAAUCCCCAUCAUCAUGGGAGCCAACAUCGGAACCUCCAUCACCAACACCCUCGUGGCUCUCUUGCAGGCAGGAGACCGGAAUGAGUUCAGAAGGGCCUUUGCAGGGGCCACUGUCCACGACUUCUUCAACUGGCUCUCCGUGUUGGUGCUCUUGCCUCUGGAGGCAGCCACCGGUUACCUGGAGCGCCUGACCAACAUGGUGGUGGAGAGCUUCCACUUCAAGAGUGGAGAGGAUGCCCCAGAACUUCUGAAGGUUAUCACUGAUCCCUUCACGAAGCUCAUCGUCCAGCUGGAUAAAACCGUUCUCCACCAAAUUGCCUUAAGUGAUGAGUCAGCCCGAAACAAGAGUAUGAUCAAGAUCUGGUGUAAAACUUUCACCAGUGUGAUGGAAAAGAAUGUCACCGUCCCCUCACCUGAGAACUGCACCUCCCCCUCCCUCUGUUGGACGGAUGGUUUGUACACCUGGACCAUGAGCAACAUCAGCCACAAGGAGAACAUUGCCAAGUGCAAACACAUCUUUGUGAAUUUCGAUCUCCCGGAUAUGGUUGUGGGUACCAUUCUGGUGAUAACUGCCCUGCUGGUCCUCUGUAGCUGCCUGGUCCUAAUGGUUAAAGUCCUAGGCUCUUUGCUCAGAGGGCAGGUAGCUGUGGUCAUUAAGAAGACUAUCAACACAGAUUUCCCUUAUCCCUUCAGCUGGGUGACUGGCUACCUGGCCAUCCUCGUGGGAACAGGCAUGACAUUCAUCGUGCAGAGCAGUUCCGUGUUCUCGUCGACUCUGACCCCGCUGGCCGGUAUCGGUGUGAUAUCCAUCGAGAGGAUGUAUCCACUCAUGCUGGGUGCCAACAUCGGCACAACCACCACCGCCAUCCUGGCCGCCCUGGCCAGCCCAGGAGAUACCUUGAAGAGCGCCCUCCAGAUCGCUCUGUGCCACUUCUUCUUCAAUGUCACAGGCAUCGUGCUGUGGUACCCAAUCCCCUUUGCCCGCCUGCCCGUCUUCCUGGCCAAGUGGCUGGGCAACAUCUCAUCCAAGUACCGCUGGUUCGCCAUCGUCUACCUGGGCUUCUUCUUCUUCCUCACCCCGCUGACGGUGUUUGGCCUCUCGCAGGCUGGUUGGCCGGUGCUGGUGGGCGUGGGGGUGCCCAUCGUCUUCCUGAUCCUCCUGGUGUUAUUCAUUAAGCUCCUGCAGUCCCGGUGCCCGCGAGCCCUGCCCCAGAAGCUCCAGAACUGGAAAUUCCUCCCCUUGUGGAUGCGCUCGCUGGAGCCCUGGGACAAGGUGAUAACUGCGCUCGGCAGGUGCUGUGGGAAGCGCUGCUGCUGCUGCUGCCGUGUCUGCUGUGUGCUGUGUGGCUGCUCCAAGUGCUGUCCUUGCUGCAAGUGCUGUGAAGACCUCGAGGAGGUGCAGGACGUCACCGUUAAGUCCCCCAAGACUUUUGAUAACCCAGCCAUGGACAAAGAAGCCCAGGACGGGGCCCCCAGGUCCGAAACUGUUUGCAACAUCACACCCUUGUAGGAAGGGGCUGCCCAGAGACCAGAGGAGGUCCCCACAGCCCACACCCUCAUGCUCCCUCCGGCUUCUGUGUGCCUUCCACCUGGUAGGGGGGGUUCCCCCCCACUGAGAAAUGACAUCCACCCUGACUCUCAUUCCCUUAGCCCUGUGUACCAGCCUGAGCAGUAGUUGCACCUCAGUCCCCUGCUCCCUGGGUCCCCCACACCCGGGAAAGUGCAGAACACACCGAAAGAGAAUUAGACAGUGAAACCCGGCCAGAAAGGCAAUCACACCUGCCCCCGCACACACGCACCGGGUUGGUCAAUAGGACAUUUUUUCCCAGACUCAAUGCAUCCUCUUCCAAAGGAAAAGCCCUAAGGGAAGGUUCUCAAAGGUGCAUGCAUACACACAUUCUUUUCUUUAUUGCAAUACAGCUCAGUCAUCUGUCUUAGCAAACACUGGCUUCAACCAAGAGUAGUUGCUCCCUGCUGUCCUGGCCCCAGAACAGCCCAGCUCAAGGGAAAUGUCACUGGACUCGGAAGAGACCAAGUGCUGGCUCGCCUGGUGCUUCCAGCUUCCUAAGAGAGUGGUCCUGACCCCUGAUGACCCUGAGCAGGCAGAUGGAUGGAGGCUGAGACCAGGGAAUAACCAACCUUUGGGGAAGAUGGUUCACUUGCCGCCAAGGGUGUUUUGUUUUUUGUGGGUUUUUUUUGUUUGUUUGUUUUGUUUUUUUUU